AUGUCUUUAAACGUUUUGGUUCUUGGGAACGGUGGUAGGGAGCACACGCUGGUUUGGAAACUGUCGCAGUCCGCCACGGUAAACAAGGUUUAUGUCGCGCCAGGUAACGGUGGUACCGCCACAAUGGGUUCUGCGAAAGUAGAGAACGUCGCCAAUUUGACCCCGGACCCCUCUAAUUUUGACGCGCUGCAAAAGUUCGCCGUUGAGAAUCAGAUCGGUUUGGUCGUCCCUGGGCCUGAACAACCGCUCGUCGAUGGUAUUACCUCCGUGUUCACGAAAGUAGGUAUCCCAGUGUUUGGGCCAUCUGCCAAGGCAGCGCAAUUGGAAGGGUCCAAGAUAUUCUCGAAGAACUUUAUGCAGAGACACAGCAUCCCCACUGCCAGGUACUUCUCAUCUGAUAGCUACCAGGACGCGUUGAAGCACAUAGACAGUGUCGACUACAGCGUGGUCAUUAAAGCGGACGGUGUGGCUGCGGGGAAAGGUGUGCUGAUCCCAACCUCGAAGGAGGAGGCGCACGAUGCGUUGAAGACGAUCAUGGUCGAGAAGCAAUUCGGCGACGCUGGAGAUUCAGUGGUCAUCGAAGAAUUCUUGGAAGGUGAGGAGAUCUCGAUCUUGACGAUCUCGGAUGGGUACUCCCACUUCAACCUACCCGCCGCACAGGAUCACAAGAGAGUAGGCGAAAAUGACACCGGGUUGAACACGGGCGGGAUGGGUGCGUACGCACCCGCCCCUGUCGCAACCAAUGCGUUGAUGACCAAAAUAGACCACGAGAUCAUCAAGCCCUCCAUCGAUGGUUUGAGGAGAGACCGUUUGCCCUUUGUCGGUGUCUUGUUCACGGGGCUGAUUAUCACCAAGGAUGGGCCAAAGGUCCUCGAGUACAACGUCAGGUUUGGUGACCCAGAGACACAAACAGUGCUCCCAUUACUAACCGAUGACACAGACUUGGCGCAGGUGUUCCUAGCUGCCGCCGAACAUAGACUGGACUCCGUAGAGAUUAAAGUGAAGGACAACUACUUUGCUACCACUGUGGUGCUGGCGGCUGGCGGGUAUCCAGAGGCUUACCACAAGGGCGAUGAGGUUACAAUUUCGAAGGGACAGUUGCCCGAAAACACAUUUGUGUUCCACGCAGGUACUGCCGUGAACGGCGACCAGAAACUGGUUUCGAAUGGCGGGAGAGUCAUUGCCGCCUCCGCAGUAGCGCCAACCUUAAGAGAAGCUGUUGACCGUGCCUACGAGGCUGUUGAUUGUAUACAGUUCAACAACAGACACUUCAGAAGAGACAUCGCACACCGCGCCUUCAAAGAACUGGAAAGCAGGGCCAAAGUCGCUAUCACAUACGCCGAUUCCGGUGUCUCCGUGGACGCCGGUAACCUUCUUGUCCAGAAGAUCAAAGACAACGUCAAGUCAACUAAACGUCCAGGGGCCGACUCCGAUAUCGGUGGGUUCGGUGGUGUUUUCGAUUUGAAGGCCGCUGGUUAUGAUACAGAUGAUACUCUGUUAGUUGCUGCUACGGAUGGUGUUGGUACUAAGUUAAUUAUCGCCCAGGAGACGAAUAUUCACGAUACCGUCGGUAUUGAUUUGGUCGCCAUGAACGUGAACGAUCUGGUUGUCCAGGGUGCGGAACCAUUACUGUUCUUGGAUUACUUUGCCACUGGUGCACUAGACAUAAAGAUUGCAUCUGAUUUUGUCUCUGGUGUUGUGGACGGUUGUAAACAAAGUGGUUGCGCUCUCGUUGGGGGUGAGACCUCAGAAAUGCCAGGUAUGUACCCACCAGGUCAUUACGACACCAACGGUACUGCUGUUGGUGCCGUGAAGAAGAGCGAUAUCCUACCGAAGAUCAACGAGAUGACUGCAGGUAACGUACUUUUGGGGCUGGCCUCUGAUGGUGUUCACUCGAAUGGGUUUUCCCUGGUUAGAAAAGUCAUCAAACACGCAGGCUUAUCGUGGGAUGAACCUUGUCCAUGGGACUCGACAAAGACACUAGGAGAAGGAAUUCUUGUUCCUACAAGAAUAUACGUUAAACAACUACUUCCAUCCAUCAACGAGAAACUGCUUCUUGGUUUGGCACACAUAACCGGUGGUGGGCUUGUCGAAAAUAUCCCUCGUGCAAUUCCAUCUAAUUUGCAGGCUCAAGUCGAUAUGAACAGUUGGGAAGUCCCCGAGGUCAUGAAGUGGUUUGGCAAAGCUGGUAACAUCCCAGUAGAUGACAUCCUGAGGACACUAAACAUGGGUAUCGGUAUGGUUCUGAUCGUCAAGAAGGAAAAUGUCUCCAGGGUGAAGGAGCUAUUGAAAGAGGCCAACGAAACCGUGUACGAGAUUGGUUCCUUGGUUGAGAAACCAGAAGGUGCUCCUGGCUGCAUUGUACAGAACGCUACGAACCUGUAUUAG